AACCAAAGUGCAAGCGGCAACUACCACGAAGCCAACCAAAGUGCAAGUUCCGCAAAGGUGCAAUGUGAGCGAUUGCAAACUCCAUGAUUCAAGACUCAGGACUUUCCUUAGCUCUGCUCUAUCCGACGAAUUUGUAUCAGUUUUGGCAGACACUCCUUAUUCGGCAUUUUUAUCAGCUAAUGCGGACUUGGGGGAUGUAUUUUACAAGUGCGGACGCCUCUUUUACUCUAGCCACAAUCAAGCUCCAUAUGGAGCAGCCACAGUCGUGUGUGCCAAGAGGAAAAUGCAAUUGGUUACGGUGGAAGAAGGAGCAAAUAACAUGAAUUGUCUUGUCCCCAAUUUGGACAAUAUGACGGCAGAGGAGCAAAAGGAUCUGAAAUACUAUUUCGUCUGGACGAGCGGAAUGGCCGAGGGGAGCAACUGCGGAAACGCGGCGUACUCGUGGUGCGCAGGAAACAGGACCAUCAUCGACGCGAAUGCGUUCGACCUGCCUCUGGAGAUUUCAAAAAAGGAAAGGUGUCUUGCUCUUUCCACGAUGACCAAGACACUCGUUCGUAUGAGCUGCACCACUCCUAAUUACUUCUUUUGUGAAUACAAGUGUAAAACUGUUUCAUGCACGAGCAACCAGAUGUGCGAAACUAGUAAAAAUAACGCUCUCUUUGAAAGCGGGACUGGAAAAAUAAAACGUCAAUCUGUGAGUGGUGUUUGGGCAGAGUGGAAACAGACGAUUGGUGUCAAGAAAUAUUCAUAUACUAGCUAUAUAUUUGGCUACAAAAAAGUGACUUGGUCGGAAAAUUUAAAGAUUUGUUGCAGCUUGGGAAUGAAGCCGAUCAAAGUCACGGAUGAGCUGCUUUUCGCGCUUAACAACGUGGGAAACGAGAGCACUAAAAUCAGUAUCUUUUACAAUCCUGGCUGA